CCUACCCACCUUUAUUAUUGUUAGAAUUUUGUUUGUCUAAAUCAUAGGUGUUGAUAAAAAAACCUAGAUAACAUUAAAAUCAAUAUUUUGAUAUUAUAAUCAGUUAAAUUGUGUAAAACGGAACGACAACAUUACAUUUUGCAUCUUCGCCGCAAGAUGACGCCUCAGUUGCAUAAUUAAAUUGACGCAUGCGCCACACAUUGCAAUCAGCUGUCAGAAAGAACAUAAUCACGUAAAAACAAAAUUAUUUGUGUCUUUAGAUAAUUCCCGUCAAUAUGGCGGGGCAAAAUCCAGGUUCGCCAACUGAUUUUCAGUAUUUUUACGAGGAUGAAGUGUAUAAAAUCAACAAUCGCGGGCAAGUGGUCUUCGGUCUCGUGCUCGAAAACUAUGAAGGCAUCUCCAGUGAUCAAGAGAGCGACAUUGAAGCAGCAGUCCAAAAAGGCGAAAUUCGAGUUGUGUGGCAUCCAUCCGGCACUGAACGAGUCAUAUCCGAGAAAUCGGUUGGGCUUGCUGACCGUUCUCUAAUGCCUGGUGAUGUGGUACGUCGUCUUAUUGCUGGCAAGGACACACAACGUGGCUACUGUCGGGAUAUUGUAAUGACUGCAGCUCUUCAGAUUGUAGGCACUAAGCAUGUCAUACCCAAUGUGGCUAGCGAGAGGCUGCAGCCAUUAGAAGAGUUCACUCCUGAUCUGGCUGUCUGCCUCGAUUCCUGGGUUGGAACAUCCAAGGCUGUACAUAGUAAACUCCGGCUGGUGUCAGCUGAUGGAUCAAGGCUUGAAUACCCAGACCUUGACAACUGUCCACUAGAGGACUACUCUAUGCGCCGGCGCCGGUCUACACCAUACUCCUCUUCCGAGUUCUAUCCAGGCCAAGUAGUGUAUGGACCUCUUGGCUCGCUAGAUAACGCUAACUGGCUCCAUGUCACUAAAGAAAUGAAAGCAGCCAGGAAACACAAAAUGCAUGAUCAUAAGUUCACCGUGGAAGCAGUGGUGACUGAGAGUGUGAGCGUACAUUGGCAAUGUCGCGCACUUUGCACGCACCCCUCGGAGGCGGUCGCACCACAACAACCGAAACUUUUGGUCGAAGGUGAUGACUUAAAGAACUUAAAGUUGCUUAAUGUGUUCGAGCCGUGCACUCUACAAGUUGGUGAUAGAAACUUCCUGACCAUUAGUUCAGACGACACAUUCAUCAGCAAGAAGCAAUGGCGCAAACAACAGAGCAAAUACUACAGGAAUCUGCGUAAGCAAACAAGGCCCACCAAAAAGCCGUCGAAGUCCGAGACCAACUCUUCGGACCACAUGCCCUCCAGGCCUAAGAAACGCGCCUCGGCGCAUCGCAAGCUGAAGAGCACUGAUAACGACAUGGAAGUGGACCACGCAGAUGACAAACUGGAGUCCUUAGACGAGGCAUUAAAGGCGGACACCAACUGCCCAAGCAUAAAGAUCGAGCCAAGCGGAGACAUCUCGCUGCCUAUGGCCAGCAGUCAAGAGGACACCGCCACUGAGGAGAAGAACGACUCCGGGAUCAGCCCGGAGCCGACGCGCGAGGACAGUUCGUUGUUGAACGGCGACAGCAAAUCCGAGAUCGGACUCAACGACGAUGACUCCGACAACUGGGAGAACACCAGCAGCGAUGGAAGCGACACUGACAGCGGCGCGACGUGGUCGUCCCGCUGCUCGUCCGCGGCCUCGCAGCGCGGCAAGCGGUCCCCGCAGCUGGCGGUGCGCCUGCUGCGCGGCAAGCGGCUCAAGCGGACUGUGCGCCGCGCCCCACCCGCACCGCCGCCGCGCCCCGGCGACCGUGUCGUCGUGGAGACGCUGCACACCGCCUCGCGCGCCAACGUCGUGUGGCAGGAUGGCACCAUAGAAAUGGGCAUUCCAUCUACUCAAUUAUACCCAAUACAUCAUUUGGACGGUCAAGAAUGUUUUCCGGGGGAUUUUGUAGUCAGCGGUGCAGCAAAUGUUGAGGAAAACCAGCAGUUGAAGCACAGGGAGUACGGCGUGGUACAGCGGGUGGACCACCACGGGCGCACCGCCAUAGUACACUGGUACCGCACUUAUACCAGCGCCGAUGAGCCUGUGCCUCAAAUGCUUCACGAAAGCGAGAUGAGCGUGUACGACUUAAAGGACCAUCCAGACUUCCAAUAUCGGCCCGGUACAGUCGUCAUCCGUGUCGCGAACUUCACCGGUGAAGACGCUAAUUGUACUGCUGGACAGGUUAUCGACAAUUUCCCCACUGGUCGAGUCAAGGUAUGGUGGGUGGAUGGACAUACAAGCAUGUGUUGGCCACAGGAUCUUUAUAAAGUGGGCGAGUACGACUCCGAGGACGGCGAGCUGUGGGGUUCAGAAGGGUCAGGGUCUGAAGAUUCUUGGGAAACUCAAAGUUCUGCGCACGAUGCUACACCGCGAACGCCUGAUGCCCCAGCGCCCGUCCCCACUACCCCGCCCGCACCCACUAACGACGGUUCGUUCCUAGUGUUCGUGAAUCAGCCGGCGCACGAGCCGGUGGCCACAACGACAGCGGCAGUGGAAGGAGUGCCGCGUUUACUGGAGCCACGUGUCGCGGCCCAUAUAGAACGAGGCAGGGUAGCCAUGCGACGCCUGGAAGAGAUGUUCGCUAAACAUCCUACGUUACAGAGCCAAGAGAUCAUGCGUAAAUUACUCCAAUUAUAUAAGGACUGCCGAUUUUUGGAUCGAUUGAUGGGUACUUCCUUCUUCCACGAAGAUCACUUUUUGGGUUUGCUAGAACGCGUUCGCGAACGCGGCGCGAGCACGCCGCGAGCGGGAGAGCGGCGCGUGCACGAGCAACUAGCUCGUUUAUUCGCGCCGAACGAAACGCCGCCCGAGCCACCUCUAGACUCGAUGCUCGUGGAUGUAGACGAAGACGCGCCCCUGCAGCCGAUACUUACCGCCAAUGUCACUGUGGAACCCAUGGAGGUUGAAGGAAGUACUCCCAAGAAACAGCUGCAUCUAAACAUCGAGCCAGUCCAAGCAUCAGGUUCGGAAUCAAACGUCAGCCAAGACAACGCACAAAUCGGCGAAAAUCCGUCCACAGAGGCGUCUGACGUCGACGGCACCACACGCAACGUUUGCUACAAGCUCUGCUCCUUGAUUCACUCGCAACUGGUCAAGGCGCAUGCAGAAGUCAGUCGGAGAAGGCCGCAAGAGUUGGCCGAUUUCCUAAACAGCUUUAUGAGAAAGCAAAACGCGACGGAAGAGAAGUUACCCUACCACUUUUCAGUUCAGUACGGCGCGCUUGUAGUGAGUAUGGCGGACCAGGACGAGAAAGACAAGGAAAAAGAUCUGGAUGAGGCGAAAGACGUCACCAUUGCCACGAACACUACUACGGCAACCAGUUCCGAAGUUAACGUUCCUGCCACAGAGACUGCUCCCCUAGCCUCCGCUGAGCCCUCGGAGGUGGAACCAGAGCCGGACUCGGUGGGCACCAGCGAGAGCGUGGGCGGCGGCGAGGGGUUCUGCGUGCUGGAGUCCGCCCCUGUGGCGCACCGCUUCCACCUCUCCAUGCUGCAGCCGUCCGAGCCGAGGACAUUCUAUUCGGCGGUUAAACGGGAAAUCAAACUACUCAAAAGCGAUCUUCCUCCGGGUGUCUGGGUGCGCGCGUUCGAAGACCGCAUCGAUCUACUCUCAGUAAUGAUAGCAGGCCCCACUAAAACUCCUUACGAAGGCGGUUUGUUCGUGUUCGACGUUCAACUAGGCGGGGAAUACCCUCGUGCCCCACCGCUAUGCCACUACCACUCUCACUGUACGGACCGGCUCAACCCCAACCUGUAUGAAGAUGGAAAGGUGUGUGUAUCCCUCCUUGGCACGUGGUCUGGCCGAGGCGUAGAGGUGUGGGGCAAGGACAGCUCGCUGCUGCAAGUGAUCGUGUCUCUGCAGGGGCUCAUACUGAACGCGGAGCCCUACUUCAACGAGGCCGGCUACGAGAAGCAGAAAGGCACGCAACAAGGCAAGGAGAACUCUCGCAUGUACAACGAGAUGGUGCUCCUCAAACUUGUCCAAUCCAUGACUAAAAUGGUGAUGAACCCUCCGGAACCAUUCCGCGAGGAGAUAGUCCAACACAUGAGAGCCAACGCAGGCGCCCUUUGCCGUCGUCUCGAGGACAUAGUUCAUCUGUCUAAUGGGCAAGCACCUCCCGACAUCAUUCCCCCAGAUUACCCUUUAAUUCCAGCCUCCCGCGGCUUCUGCCUCACCCUCCGCUCAUCCCUAGAGUCCUUCCGCAACUCGCUGCGUCGCAACGAAAUACCCGUCCCCCCUACCACCUUAUAGCCUAACCUCUAACCCUAGAUUAGUUAUUUAAUAUUCACCCCGUACGUAUUUAAAUCGAAAUAUUCAUGGUUCGGUUGCCGUACAAAACACGUUUUCCACAUUCCGCGGCCUGAUACUUGCAGGAUUUUGAACAGUAUUUAUAAGGGUUUCUUUAAAAGUAUGAGGAUCGUACCGCCGAUGUCAAAUAUAUGAAACUAGGCGUGGUUGAGGUGCUGUGAUAAGUCGUGAUGCACACAGCCUUUUGUUUGCUCGAAAUAAGAUGUGUUUGAACAGCUAUAGACCAUUUUUUACACUUCAACAAUAUUGUUGAUAUCAUGUAAGUGGAUAAUGACCAGACCUGUCUUUCCCAGUGGGCACUUUGGGCAAGUGCCCAGGGCCCCGCGAUCGAUAGGGGGGCCCCCUAAGAUCAAAUACAAAAUCCCUAGUUCCUGUUAAAUCACCAAACGGAAGUCAUAGGGGCCCCAUUAUCCUAAUAUGCCCAGGUCCAGUAGGUCAAAGACGGCACUGAUAAUGACACAGUAAAUAAUGAAAAAACUGGAAACAUCUUAUUUCUUAAUUUUUACUUUGUUUUUGUGCAAAUGAAAAGCUGUCAUCUUAUUUCGUUAUACUGCAUAGUAAGCAGGCCGCUCGGGUUUCUGGAAAAACAUUUUGUAUGGAAAUCGGACCAUCGUAAAAAAAAACAACUCACAGUGGAGCUAGUUCCGUUUCCAAUUCUAAAACGUCUCAGAUCUAAAAUAUUAUAUAUACGUUCGUAGAGUUUAGUAUUUAUUGUGAUGUACUUUUUGACUUUAGGUAUGUUUUAGACUUUCGAACCGUAAGUGAUAUAGAUCGAUUCUGUUCCACAACUACGCGUUUCCUGAAAAAUUGUCGAAAUUCACAUACUAUUCCGAAUGUUAAUUGUAAUUGAAUGAAUAUUGUAACGUGUGUAAAGAAUGCAUGGAAACCGGAUAUGUUGUUUCGUAUCGCUAGCCAAUACGAAAAUAACCAUCCCUAUUAUAAUUAUUAUUAAUAAAAUUCUAAAUGAAAUAUUCGAUCUUAUGCGAAUGAUUGAUAGGUUUGUUAUUAAUAGAUUAAUAAUUAUUUAUUUGUUUAAAAAUGAAAGUAACGUCUACUUUAAUUUGAUAGUGCGGCGUUUAUGCGGUUAGUUUUACGAGUACUUAUUGAAAUUGUAUUCUGAAGCCGAAGCUAUUGCUCUCAUUGAUAUUUUGCUACACUAUUGUUAUUACAAUAAAGACGGUUAAUGUUUACAGCUACGUGUAUACGUGAAUAGUACAGUCGAAGAAAUUGGGGGUCUUUUAAAUUUUACUGUUAUUCGCUUGGCCCAUCGAUCGGAUAAGCGUGUUAUAAUAAAAAGUGGCAGACUAUCAACUUGUUCGACUGUACACUCUAGUUUAUCUCGUUAGAACGUAGCUGAAUACAUCCAUUGUUUGUAUGUAAGUAUGUAUGAAUAUUGGUGUCUCAACAAGUUUCCUUUUUAUUAUUGUGUAAUAAUGUUACGUGUAAAAACAAUACGUUCGUUUUUAUGUAGUUAUUUCGUUUUUAUUUUUGUUUAAUAUAUCGGGAUUAUUUUGUAUUAAAUAGAGCUUUACUUAAUUCUUGUAUGAAUUUCCGAAAUUUGAAACUCAGUACAUUUAAUUUAGAUUAGUAUUAGUUGCUCUCCUCAUGUUAGCAUUUCUGUUGAAUUUCCAGUGAAACAUCGUUACAGCAAUUACUUAGAUAGCACUUUAGUACUGCCGUGUUUUGUAUUAUUUUUAAUUUUAAGAAGCAUAUGGAGCAAUCGACAAAUUUAGAAGCAGUUUAUCAUCGCACUUAGCUUAAUUUGCUUUCAAGUAAAACUGUUAUACUUUGAGUGAAACACGGCUGUGCUAAAGAAUCACUGUUACAAAUUAAUUCCUAAAUAUAAUAUAGAAACAAAAUUGCCCAGUAAGUUUUGUGCUACUAGUGUUACGAAAUUCCCUUAUCUAUACCCGCUUUUCGAUUACUCUCAAUAUGUCCAAAUUGUUUGGGUACGGCGCACAUUACAAAAUUUUCAUUUCAUUCGUUUCUCUGAAUUAUUUAUAAAUAAAAGAGAUCAAACGGACUACGAACUAUUGAACCCUAAAUCCUUGAGUUUUCACUACACAAAGUCUGCAUCACAUCAAGCUACAGUGCGACCGAGUGAGAGAUCUUGUGGCGCGUGUUCGAAAUCGGAACUAAUUUUAGGAAAAUAUAAAGAAGCCUUUUACUAAUAGAAGAAGGUGUAAAUUAACCUUUUAUUUUUCCUACUAGCGGCCGCCCGCGACUUCGUCCGCUUUAACUUUUAGUUUUUUUUUAUUCUAAAAUAAAAGUAGCCUAAGUUACUCCUCAUUACAUCAGCUACCUGCCAAUAAAAGUCCUGUCAAAAUCGGUCCUGCCAUUUCACAGAUUAGCCAGAACAAACAGACAGACAAAAAUUGUAGAAAAUAUAUAUUCAUAUGCAUGUAGUAAAAAGCGGUUAUUUCAAUAUUACAAGCAGACACUCCAAUUUUAUUUAUAUGUUUAGAUUACCCUUUUCGAAAUUGUUAAUUAAAACGUUCCCUUUAGUGAGGUGAUACGUACUUAGUAAUCUUAUACUUAUUCACCAGCAGCGCCCUGUCAACGUAAUCCAAAUGCCAUAAGAUCUUGGACGCACUGUACGUGUAUUAUUUCAUUUGUUGUUACUUUAAAAACUGCACUGGACAUUUGUUUUCUAUGUUACUUCUCCUAUAUAAAACGAACACUACUGAUCCAAUCAUAAGUUCAUAUUAAUACUUCUUUCUCCGAUCUAAAAGUAAUAUGUGCGCCGGUCGUUUUCGCUUGUAGCGUCUGUUGGGGAUUGUAAAAGCUGCGCCUACGCCGCCUGGCGGCUGCACAAAAACAAUGUAACUUCAUGCCAAAGUCAAUUGAGCUAUGAAAGGCUUUUGUCGCUUUUGUACGCGAAAUAAGUGACAACUAUGUAUAAUGAUGAUGGAUAAAAUA